AUGCACACCGUCUUUCGAAUUGGUGAAGUUCGAAAGCUUGACAACAAAAGUCCAAUUCAUCAAGUGGACCUUAAACUUACGUCGGAUGAUGACCAACAACUGCGUCAAUUAACCGAUCGUAUACGAGAAGAAGUCGACGGCACUGGAUGGUAUCGACUGGGUCAAUUGUUGCUCAAAAUUGGUCAAUUUGACAAGGCUGAAGAAUUAUAUACAGCACUACUAGAACAGGCACUCGACGACAGUGAUAAAGCACAUAUCUAUUAUAUGCUUGGAAUGAUGAAAAAUGGCAAAGGGCAAUAUACAGAAGCAGCUUCAUUUUAUGAAAUGUCCCUCGAAAUCAAUCGAAAAAGUCUCCCGGAAGAUGAUCCGACAUUGGCCCCUACAUACGGCAACAUCGGUCAAGUGUAUAACAACAUGGGUGACUACUCGAAAGCACUUGAAUUUUACGAAAAAUCACAUCAAAUCUACGAAAAUGCUCUGCCUCCGAAUCAUCCCAAUUUGGCUACUUCCUACAACAACAUCGGUGUAGUGUAUAAAAACAUGGGUGACUACUCGAAAGCACUUGAAUUUUACGAAAAAGCACAUCAAAUCUACGAAAAUGCUCUGCCUCCGAAUCAUCCCUCAUUGGCUACUUCCUACAACAACAUCGGUCUCGUGUAUGACAACAUGGGUGACUACUCGAAAGCACUUGAAUUUUACGAAAAAUCACAUAAAAUCUACGAAAAAACUUUGCCUUUGAAUCAUCCCCAUUUGGCUAUUUCAUAUGGCAACAUCGGUCAAGUGUAUGAUAAUAUGGGCAAUUACUCCAAGGCACUUUUGUUUCUCGAAAAGGCGCUAACUAUUCAACAGAAAACACUUCCGCCAUCACAUCCUCAUAUUAAAGAAACGAUACGUAGAAUUAACAAUGUUAAAAAGGUGUAA